GUGUAGACUGGAGAUAGCAAAAAGAAGGGUGUGUUCCACGCAUGUGUUUGACUUCACCUUCCCUACUCCAACGCAUCAAGAACAAACCUCCCUCCCACUCUCUCUCUCCUCUCUCCUCGACAAAACUGUUGAUAAUCACAUCACCAAAUUGCCCAUUUCUCUCCGAAUAAUCAACCAUACGAGAUGCCGGAUUUCAAUUCCCAAUUGCAUAAUCCACUCCCAUUCCGCACCCCCACUUAGGGUUGUUCCAUUUUGUCACCCACUCAAAUUCAUCGGAUUUUUAAAGUCGGCGAUUUGUCGGGGUUAGGGUUUUGAUUCUGUUGGAAUUCCGUUUGCGAUCUGUGAGAUGAAGAUCGAGGAGUUGUUGGACGACGCCGUCGAAUCGGACGGGAGGAGUUGUUACAGUCAAGAUCGACAGAUUGUUAAAGUCGACGCAAAGAGAGCGAUCGUCGGAGCCGGGGCUCGGAUUUUGUUUUACCCGACCCUCUUGUACAACGUUUUCAGGAACAAGAUUCAGGCAGAGUUCAGAUGGUGGGACGAAAUUGAUCAGGAUUGCUUGGCUUGGAGGCUACUCUGGCGUCUUGAAGCUCCAAGAUGGAUUGAGUAUCUAUUGUUGGGGGCGGUUCCAUUCCCUAAGGAUGUUCCACGUUUGAAGCUACUUGGUGUUGGUGGUGUCAUCACCCUUAAUGAGCCUUAUGAAACAUUGGUUUCGACUUCAUUGUACCAUGCCCAUGGGAUAGACCAUUUGGUCAUUCCCACGAGAGACUACCUCUUUGCUCCUUCAUUUGUCGAUAUUAAUCGGGCUGUUGAUUUCAUUCACAAGAAUUCAUCUUGUGGGAGGACUACUUAUGUCCACUGUAAAGCUGGGCGGGGAAGGAGCACAACCAUUGUGCUUUGCUAUCUUGUGGAGUAUAAGCAGAUGUCUCCUGCUGAUGCCCUGGAAUACGUGCGUUCUAGACGACCUCGAGUGCUUUUGGCUCCGUCACAGUGGAAGGCAGUCAAAGAAUACAAGCAGCACCGAUUAACUUCUACUCCUCACUCUCCCUCCUCUGGGGAUGCAGUUUUGAUUACAAAAGCCAAUUUGGAAGGCUACCGUAGCUCUGGUGAUGAAGAUCACAAAAAGGAGUUGGCAAUUGUCCCGAGAAUGGCUAGGUCUAAACCAAUGAUUGCAAGGCUUUCCUGUCUCUUCGCUUCUUUGAGAGUCUCCGGUGGUUGUGGACCUGUUCCUAGGCAGCUGACUGAGAGGCACGUGCUUGCUAAGGCCUAAGGGCAUCCAUAGUAGUUAAGGCAGUUGCUUGGACAGAGUGUUGGUGGAAAUAGCAUAAAAGGAAAGUAACCUAUUUCCAUGUUUCCGGUAAUCUUGUGUUUAACGGAGAGAAAGAUACAGAAUAAUUGCAAAGAGGGGAAUUUGAUUUGUUGCCCAGUUGAAUUGUUAUGUAAUGAUUGCACAGUACAACCUGCAAAUCUAUCUGUAGAUGACUCUUUGCAUCAGUUUAUAUUUUGCGAUUUUGAA